AACAGGGGGCUUGUUUUUGAAAAGACGCGCUGGUCUUGGGAGAAAAAGUAGCAUUGGCAGUACUUGCUAGCGAGCCACAAUUGCAAAUGUCAAAUAAUUAUAGUCAAAGGUAGACUGUGGUUGUAUUAUACUUCGCUCCAGAACAUAAGUAAUGUUUAUGAUGUAUUUUACAACUCGCAGCACUUGCUGUUUUCGCUCGGAGAUCAAUACACAAUAAGAAGAGUCAUGGACGUGUGCAGCCAUGUCAAAGUGGUUGUUCGUGUGCGGCCAACUAAUGACAAUGAGAAGUGCGAGAACUUCAGAAAUGUGGUCCAAGUUGUGGACAACCACAUGCUAAUAUUUGACCCCAAGGAACAGCAAAUUACAUCUUUCGGGGGACCAAGAGUUCAAAACAGAGAUGUCAACAAGAGAGUCAAUAAGGACCUGAAAUUUGUCUUUGAUAAUGUUUUUGGGGAAGAUUCUUCUCAGGUGGAUAUCUUUGAGAACACCACUAAAAGGAUACUUGAUGGAGUGUUGAAUGGCUUUAACUGUACAGUCUUCGCUUAUGGCGCAACAGGAGCAGGCAAGACACACACCAUGUUGGGCUCAAGCAAUGACCCGGGUGUGAUGUAUCGCACCAUGACAGAGCUCUUCAACCGUAUGGAUCAAGUCAAGGAAGAGAAAAUAUUCGAUGUAGCAUUUUCUUAUCUUGAGGUCUAUAAUGAGCAGAUCCGGGACCUCUUGGCUAAUGUGGGCCCACUUGCAGUGAGGGAGGACCCAUCGAAUGGAGUGGUUGUCCAAGGCCUUACUCUGCACCAGCCUAAGUCUGCUGAGCACAUCCUUGAAGCUUUGGAUUAUGGCAAUCGGAAUAGAACGCAACACCCCACUGACAUGAAUGCCACCUCGUCACGGUCCCAUGCUGUAUUUCAGAUUUACUUGAAGCAACAGGACAGGACGGCCAGCCUUAAUCCAAAUGUCCGUGUGGCCAAAAUGAGCCUGAUUGACCUCGCUGGCUCCGAGCGAGCAAGUGGCACUAAUGCAAAGGGAGCACGUCAACGGGAAGGCGCUAACAUCAACCGUUCACUCCUUGCCCUGGGAAAUGUCAUCAACGCUCUGGCUGACCCUAAGCAGAGUAAGAAAGCCCACAUUCCAUACAGGGACAGCAAGCUAACACGACUACUUAAAGAUUCUCUUGGCGGGAACUGCAGGACGGUCAUGAUUGCCAACAUUAGCCCCUCCUCCAAAUCUUAUGACGACACCCACAACACACUGAAAUACGCCAACCGGGCCAAAGAGAUCAAAUCAUCGCUCAAGAGGAAUGUUGUCAGCUUGGACAGUCACAUCGGCCAGUAUGCAGUGAUAUGCGAGAGGCAGCGAGAAGAGAUCAUUCAGUUGAAGAAGAAGUUGAAAGAGUAUGAGGAGAGGAAGAUGGACCCUCUUGUUCCUGGAGUCUCUAAUACCAUUUCCAGUCAGAACCAAACAGAGAUUCACAGGGUGUCAGAGUCCCUACAGAGCAUUUUCUCCAGCCGUACUCAGAUCAGGAGGGAGCACCUUGUUCUGGAGCGGCAGCUCAAGGAGAACGAGUUACGUCAGCGUCACAGCGAGGAGUGCAACCAGCAGGCCCAACUCUUCAGUGCCAAAGACAAGACUGAGAAGGCCACCUGCAAGCACGAGCGCAAGCUGGCUUCCCUGCUCACACAGCAGCAGCACAUCCGCAAGAGUCUGAAGGAGGUUGAGCUGUGCUUCCUUGAGAAUGAGGGCUGGCUGCACCGCGUGGAGAAUGACGUGAAGCUACUGGGACAGGACUCCCAGCCACCAGUGGUACUCCAGAAGGACCUUCGCUGCCACAGGCUCCAGCUACAGGUAGAGGACCUCAAGCAGCACAUUGAGCAAAUUACCCACCUCAUCGGCAUCCAGGACCAGGAGAACAAACAGACUAAAAAAAUGGUGCACAUGCUGCUGCCUGCCUACAGCAGACAGUACUGGACGCUGAGGGGGUCGGGCCUGGUCACAGCUGCCGAUGAGGCUGAGAACCAGGACCUGGAGCACCUGGUCCUCAGAGAGAGGGGUGUGGUGUGGGCCGAUCAGGAGAAAGCAGGGGAGCAGAAGGACGAGGAGACCCAGGCUGAGGGUUCCAGGCUUAGGCCAGAGCUCGUACCCAUCCUGUCAUUUUCACACCUCAUCUGUCCCCAUCAAAACAGUCCCUGCAGUAGUGCUGAGAAACAUAAGAGGAGAGUCUCGCUGCGCCUUCAACCCAAUCCAUCAUGGAAAGGCCCAGCAGCCCAGGUGACAGUGAUGGAACCCAUUCCCAAGAAACAUACCAGGAGGAAGCUGGCAGUGUCUCCACCAAACCCUAGGAGUGUUGCCUCAGCGCAGGUUCCCAUGGUCCUCCAGGAGGUUUUAAGACAGGGGAUGUUUCCACUGCUCUACACUCCAGAGGCCAGCAGUACACUCAACAGGCCUUCACUCCUGCCUCUCCAGCACUAUGCAGUCAAUGACCCCAACAUGACAUUUGACAUUGAAGAUGAAGACAAUGAAUCAGCUCUUGCCAACGCUACCGUCGUCCUUUACCAAUGUAGCCCCAAUCAUCAAGCGGUGUCUUCGUGCCCCUUGAGUCCAAGCCAACAGCAGGCUCCCCGAGCCAAUGACAUGAGUAAACCCCCCAAAAGACUGGAGAUACCGUCUCUGUUGGACAUCCGACAUGGCAAGACCUACAUGGCCAUGACUUCGGCUGUGCAGGGCAAACGCAAAAUGAAUUGCAGCAGCAGAGAGCAGGAAAUCCUUUCAGCACCCAAGCACAUAAAGCAGGACCCCACAGUAGUAGCAAGACCACUAAGAGUGCGUCUUUUUGCUGGGUCAGAGGAGAACAAGCCCAGAAGAGUUAUGAGGAGUGUUUCUGAGGGGAAUCUUCACCUCAUGGAUGUUCAGAGGAAAAAGUCCAUAUUCUAUAAAACCUCCGAGAAAUUCAAGAGUGUGACAAAGAGGAUGUGAGGCCUGCUUUUGACCAGAUGUUGCUGAUGUCAUGUAGAAAUUAGGGAAUCGUGUUUAGAUGUGGAGAGAGAAAUUAAAUCCUAUGGAUUUCUUGGAUAGUUUUUGCUUGAAUUGUGUAUGAUUCUGAACUUGUUCUUAGUUUUAUUUUUGGUUUUAGAAUUCUUGUUUUUACAUUUUUAUUUCCUACAUUAACAUUUGUUGUACAGAUAAUUUGCUAUUGUUAUUUAGUAAUAAAAUGUUUAGUUAACGAGUAAUGUAUGUGGUUGGUUUUUGACAUGAAUAAUUCAACUCGUCUAAUUUUUUCUCAAAUGGUUCUUUUCUGGGCUUUUCCCUGUUUAGUAUACAUAUAUUUCCUUUCAAUGUAAAAUUGAACAGAAGGGGUAGAUUGAGUUAUCAGACAUGCAGUUUUACUGUCAAGUCAUGUGAAUGCUGUUGAAAUGGAGACUUGUGAUGUUUGUUCAUUCUGCUUGUAACCCAUCUGUAUAGGGAAACUCAUUCACCUGUGGAACUUUUUUCACUGUUCAAUAUCAGGCUACACAUCAUAAACAGAAAUGUAGGGCUCAUUAAAUAUUAGGUCAGAAUGUUGAACAGUGUUAAGAAUUCCAACUCACUGAGAGCUGUAUUGAGCCCCAUCUAGUUGCCGCUCUUAAGUAAAUACAUUUGUUUUCGAGCAGCUC